GAGAGCCACGCGUCAUCACGGCUGAUCAGAACUCGUUCACGGUUUUGUAAAUUUGUACAGCUCUCCCGAGAAGGCAUAAGGCUUCUGUUUUAUUCAGCUCUUGCGGUGAAGAACCCUGCAGAAUGAAAGAUGAAGAUACAGAGAAACAAACAGAGUCGAUGGGACUGAAAGAAGACAAGCAGCAUCAGUUUGAAAAACCUCAUCAUUUUAAAAAUGAAGAUGGAAAUGCAGUCAUUUCACAGACUGAACAGAAUUUCACACAAAAACAAGCUGGAAAAACUGGAGCCAAAGCAUCUUUCACAUGCACUCAGUGUGGGAAGAGUUUCAGCCGUACAUCAAACCUUAAGAGACACGUGAGAUUUCACACUGGAGAGAGGCCUUUUACAUGCACUCAGUGUGGAAAGAGUUUCUUUGUCAAACAAGAACUUAAUGUGCACAUGAGAAUUCACACUGGAGAAAGACCGUUCACAUGCACUCAGUGUGCACUCAGUUUUAAAUCUAAAAGUGUCCUGAAAAAACAUCAGCUCUCUCACACUGGAGUGAGAUCAUUCAGCUGUGAUCAGUGUGAUAAAACAUUUGUUUUCGCAUCAUACUUAAAAGAACAUCUUAAACUUCAUGCUGGUGUAAAGCGUCACUUUUGCACUUUUUGUGGAAAGAGUUUUACACAACCGUACAGUUUACAAGUUCAUCAGAUUAUUCAUACUGGUGUGAGACCUCAUGUGUGCUUUGACUGCGGAAAGCCUCAGUGA